AUGAGGGACAGGAAAGCUGCUCACCUCCCUGCAUCGAGGAACAAGAAAAAAAGAGGACGAGGAGGAGGAGGAAGAGAGGGACAAGGAGAGGAGAUGGAACAGCUACCCAGGCCCUGCUUUUCCUCGUGUCUUGCAUUGUGUUCAUUCUCAGGUUGGGCAAGGUCCUCCGUGGGUGGCAGCUCAUCCACGAAACCUGAGCUGCCCUUCAGAGACCAAGGUGAAGCCCAGUCAGAGGAAUCAGAAGCAGGAGGCCAUCUGCUGUCAGAGGCCAGCCUUGCUUCUUUGGCUCCCUCCAAAUCAGGUGCAAAACUCAAAUGUACCCCAAAGAAAUUCCACAUUCGAGACACAAACCAACAGGUGCUGGUCUUGCAAAGAAACAUCCUCAAGGCUGUUCCAGACAAAGUCGGCCAAUGCAAAGAUGCGACCUUUUAUGUAUUACCUUCAAUACACUCAAGAUAUGGAAACAGAAAUGCUAUAUUUUUGGCUGUGUCUAAAGAGGAGCUCUGUCUCUGCUGUGAUCCCGUCAAAAAACGAAGAAAACCUACAUUAAAAUUAAAGAAAAAGAACAUCAAUGAACUGAAUUCCCUGAAGAAGAAAGAAAGUCUGCCCUUUACCUUCUAUAAGCAAAAAGAUGGCUCUUAUUAUACUUUGGAAUCUGCUGCAAACUGUGGAUACUUCAUCUCCACCUCCUGCAAGCCGAAUCAACCUGUGGGAGUGACAGCCAGGACAGGAAAGCAAAACAUUAACUUUUUAUUUGAAGGUGAAAAAGUGGAUCUCGAGAAGUAGAAAGCUGAAUAUACAAUGGACAAUGGCCAGGUCAUGCAUGACAGCAGAAUUCCUGCUCAAACCUAGCUGCCAACCCCAAGCUGUCAGGACAUGGGCAGAUACGCCAACUGCUCUAGCAUUUGACCCCAUUGUCAUUGUCAACUUAGCACUGACCAAAGAAAGCCGUUUGUUCUCAGGCCCAUCACACAGCUUCUCUCUGACCACAAUUCCGAAAGGCAUUCCUGCUCCUCUGCUGCCUCUCAACUGCUAGGAAGUACUAGCCAUCAUGGCCAGUCGUUUGCUAUAGCAAGUUCUAAAUGACCACA